AUGGCGAUCGUGCCGCCAGAAGGACCAACGCUGCAAAUUAGCAGACGAAAGCUUUCUGAAGCUGACAUCACAGCGAUUCUUCGCGACACUGAGCUUUUGACGCUCACUCAAGGUAGGUACACCGGCAACCCCGACGUGGUAGCAAUAGCAGCUAAGCACCGAUGCGGGAAAACCGAUGUGGGUGACGUGCUCGCCGGUAAAAGGAGGGCUGGGCGCUCUCACCGUCUCCGCGUCCACACGCCAGAAGAUAUGGCCGCCAGAACGCAGAGCCUGCCGGCGAGCCUCAGCUUCCGGCAACAGGCCAAUCGGCUUCAGAUUCCGAGAAUACCGUUUGGGCGCCUCAUGAAGCAGCUAGCUGAGGCUGGGCAGGUACGCAAGGAAUCAGAGUAG